AUGUCCGGGCCGGGGCCGGGCCCCUCCCCCUCAGCCGCCAAGGCGUGGUUCCCGCCCCCGCCGAGCCUCGCGGCCCUGCCUGUUGACCGCAGCAAGACCGAGCCCAAGCCCGCGUACUACAAGCUGCAGUUUGGCGACGAGAGUACCGGCUUCAGCUACUAUGUUCGCACGUUGAGCGUGGUUAUUGGGCGGAAUGUUGAACGGCCACAUGCUUCGCCCGCGCCCCCGCUCUCCAGCUUCGGCUUGGACGGGCCCUUCCCCGGCGUUCCGGGGCUCGAGUGGCACGGGAGCCUCAUCACCCCACCCACGCCGGCGCUGGAUGCCGCCGCGCUCGCGAUGGAUCCGGACGCAUUGGCCGUCGCCCAGCUCGAGUUGCGAGAAGGGGAAGGGCAAGCGACCGAUGAUCAACGACGCGCAGAGGAAGAUCGAUUACGAGAAUGUCCAGCGGAAGACAAGCCGCGAGCAAGUCCGCGUGGGGAGGAUGAACGAGAGAGCCCAGCGAUGAAAGAGGAACGGGGAGAGAGCCCAGCGAACGACAAGCAGGUCAAGGUUGAGGCGGACGAGGCCAUAGACGUCGACGUCGACGUCGCAGACCAGCCGGCACGACCUAGCAACUCGCUCACUCCUCCUCCUGCUUCCUCACCUGCUCUUCCCGCCGCCUCUUCCUCAUCCGUGGUCCCCGUUCCGACUUCGCCUGCAGCGGCCGCUCCCGCUGCCGCUGCCGCCGCGUCGCCCGCCCCAGUGACCUCUGCAUCUCCAGCACUGACCACUGGGCCUGCUUCUUCAGAGCAGCCAGCAAAGUCGACAUCCCCUCCCGCAACUGCACCUGUCGCCGCAACACCCACUCCUCCCCCUCCCUCCGGCACCACCCCGGCUGCUGACUCUACUCCUGCCCCAAUACCCAUCUCCGCUCCAGCCUCCGAGUCAGCUACGCCCGCUCCCGCAUCCGCCCACCCCGUCCCAACUGAGUCCACGCCCAUGCUCGUGGACUCGGCUUCGGAGACCCCUGCCCCUGUCGCGGACGCCCCUUCCGCCUCAGCCACCCCAGCACCUCUCGCCCCCACAUCCAUCCCCGCUGACCCCUCCCUCGGUCUUGACAUUCCACACGGCCUCCUCGACACAGACAUCUUCGACAUCAAGCCCGACCUCUCUGGCCUGGUCGGCUUUGACAGCAAUGACCUCCCUCCCCCUCCCCCAGCGACGCGCGCCGUGCUGUUCGAGCACGUCGAUGUCGACCUGGGUCCGCUCAAGAGCGUGUCCCGCAACCACGCCAAGAUCGAAUACCGCAGCGACAUUGGACAGUUCUGCCUCGAGAUCAUUGGGCGCAACGGCGCCUGGGUUGACGAUAGAUAUUUCGUCAAGGGCGCGGUCGUGCCGCUGAGCCAGGGGUCCACCAUCCAGAUCGCAACGCGUAUCUUCUCCUUCGUCCUCCCACCUUCGCCGGAGAGCUCGCCGCCCGCCCAGGCGGUCUCAGAAGCCCUGGAAGGUGCGUACCCGUACGAGCAGCUACCGUACCCCUACAACCUCCCCCCGGAGGAGGUGGGAUACGCAGAGUUCUACGGGGAGCCAGGACCAGGUCCCGCCACCGCGGCGGCGCUCGCAGCACGCAUCCCGACGUUCAAUGCGUUCACAGCGAACGACGGGUACGGCGCGAACGACUCGGGCCGCUUCGCCGACCGCGAAUGGAUUGACGAGUGGGAGUCGGAUCAGUCCGAGAACGACGAGAACAGCGAGUCGUCCGAGGAGGAGGAAGACGAGGACGACGAGGAUGACUUUGUGCGACCAGUCCCGAAAAUUCGCCUGCGGACGCGUCGCAUCGUCAUUCCAGAGGAUGACGAGGAGGAGGAGGAGGAGUCAUCUUUAUCUGAGCUGUCGAGUGAGCCUGAGCCCGAACCAGAACCGGAACCCGCUCUUCCCACGCCGAAGAAGAAGAAAAAGAAAGACGCCGUCAAGGCCGAGCCUGCUUCGCCGCCGCAGUCACAGCAGCAGGCUGGAAAGGCGCCGAAGAAGGGGUCCAAGGGCGUCAAGGCGCCAAGCAUCGUACUCAAGCCGCCGAUGAAGAAGGGCAAGUCCGUGAAAGACGAGCCGAUGGACGUAGAUUCGCCCACGCCGGAGCCGGUGCAGACAACACCAAAGAAGAAGAAGAAGGACAAGGCGGUGAAGGAGUCGAAGAAGAAGGCUGUGGCCGACAAGGCAGAGGACAAAGUGGCGGCGCCAACACCAGCGCCCAAGCCUGCACCGCCGGCCUCAGCACCAGCGCAGCCCCCACCUCCUGCGCGGACGGGGCUGGCCCUGCCCACUGUCAAAGCCGAGGCGAAGCCGGCAGUGCCCGUGCAGCCUGCUGCCCCAACGCUUGCGGCCGCAAUGGCUCAGCAGCCUGCCACAUUGGCCGCAGUUGCGCCGCCUCCUGCCCAGCCCGCGACGCUCGCCGCCGCGCAGGCGCAGGCGUCUAUUCCUCCAGGGCAACCAGGUGCACCUGCCCAGGCUCCUGCAGCACCUGGCGUUCGCCCUCCACAGCCCGGCAUGGUACGGCCUCCGGCACCCGGCGUUCGUCCUCCCCCACACGGCCUCGCGCUCCCCAACGUCCGUCCUCCUCAGCCUGGCGUCCCCGGACAGCCUGGGCAGCCGAUGCAGGCUCGCCCAGGCAUGCCCGUCCGGCCUGGUAUGCCUGGUCCCAUCCCCGGGCAGCAUCCCGGCAUGGUGCGACCGCCUGGAACGCAUCCACCGGGCACUCUUCCUCCUGGUGUCCGCCCGCCGCCUGGCAUGGUUGUGCGGCCGGGGAUGCACGCUGCCCCUGGUGUUCGCCCACCCAUGCGGCCCCCACCCCCUCGCACCCAGCAGGUGAAUGCACCUGCUGAUCCGCCCAAGCCGUAUUACAUCUCGGAGCUCAAGGACAACCCCACUCGCCCGGGGCACAUCUUGUGCUCGGUCCCUAUCCCGCCGUCUGGCGCGGGGCCGCGCAACCCGCCAACCAUCAUCCGCGGGCUUGACGGGCUCCCGUUCAUCGGUCCGCCACCACUCAAGCCGACGAUGACUUUCGCGGCCAUCAUUUACUCGGCGCUUGUGAAUUUGCCACGAGGUCGCGGCACGCUCGGCGAAGUGUGUAACUGGGUCGCGGGCGAGUGGGAGUACUUCCGUCUGAACCCCGAGGCGGGGUGGCAGAACUCGAUUCGGCACAAUCUUUCGCUGAACAAGGCGUUCCUCAAAGUGCCCCGUAUUCCCGAGGACGACCCCGAGUCCAAGGGCUCAGUAUGGAUCUUGGAUCCGCAGGAAGGACCAUUGUUUGAGGAGAAGCAGCGUCGCGACGCGCUCAAGUCGGAGGGCAAGGCGAAGAAUGCGGAAGAGAAACGUCUCCGUGAGCGCCUCAAGGCUGAAGAACGGGCACGGAAGCAACGCGAGCGUGAAAUUGCUGCCGCGCAGCAGGUGCAGGCUGCGCGCGUACAACCGGGCGUCGUGAGACCCCGGCCGGCGCUGAGUGCGCACAGAGCGCUGGGCAAGACGCGUCUGCCGGUGAUUAUUCGGCCGCUGGAUGCUGCGACGCGCGCGAAGAGCAUCAUCGACAAGGUGGACAGCAAUGGAGUUCCGCUCCCCUUUGCAUGCGAUGGCACGCAGCUGAUCCUCGACCAGGCGACAUUCGGGCAUCUCGCGGCAGACAUCACGGACAAGCUCUACCAGCUCGGCGUGUCGGCCGCUGUGGAUGUCCUCGCGAACUGGGUGAUCAAUAAGCAGAAGGCGAACGCAGGAAAGCAGGCUGUUCGCCCACCAGCAACAGGAACGGCAGUACCGCUACAGCGGCGCCAGGCGCUGUGCGCCCUCCUGUCGUAG